ACUGCCAACGGUAUUUUUUUUUGGUGGCAGCCCUUAAAAUAUGGCGGCUGUCGUUCUAACAGCCGAUAUGACGAUUGAAAAGAAUUCUAAAAUCUUAGUAAAUGUGGAAGAGGCUUUAGCAGAUUUAUUAGUUGUGUCUUAUUGCACUGACGAUAAAAAAUUUCAAGGUGUGCUCCUCGAUUCCUCCAAAAGUAACUUACCUUUUGGGGUAUACAGUCUACAUCCAGCCUUCUCUAAACGAGAUCUACCCACCGAUGGAAAAGAUAAACUGCAUUCCGUUAGUCAAAGGUUCCUGUAUCAGGAUCCUGAUUAUGCUGGGGAAAACGGCGAUCUACCGAAAAGACCAAUGUCAAAGGGCAAAGCACAGGCGAGGCAAAAGAUGACCGUAAGAUUACGGCCGAGAAAAGUCUUAUGUUCUAAUUGCAAGGGGAUAUGUAACGAAAACAAUGAAAACGUAGACGUGUCUAAAAAACGCAAAUUAGACGAUGACGAAGGCUGUCAUUCUGAAUCGUCAAAAUCGCAGAAUAAAUAUCUCAAGGGCAGCAUGCUCAUACCGAAACUAUCGCGUCUAGAACCUAGCGAGAUCGCGAGCUCUGUCAAAAGUACCAGCAAAAGUUCAAAGGCUAGUGAAAAACAAACUAAUAAAUUAAAAAACGAGAGCAGGGUACAUACAACACAAGAAGUAACAUUCGUUAGUGUUUCCAAUGUAGAUAUCCAAGAUCCCAAGGAUGAUAAUGAAGUAUCAUUCACCUCUAUGUUUUCAAAUGCUAAAACAUUAAAAAUUUGUUUUGGUGAAGGUGAAGGUACUGUUGUAAAAAUACCACCCCUAUCUGGUGAUUUCAAUGAAGAUUCUGGAGUCUCAUGUGAUAUGACAAAACCAGAAUUAAAAGCUGCUAAAAAAGCACUUAGGAAAGCCAAAAAACAAGCACGAAAAGGCAGUGAGAAAACACCACAAUCAUCAAAACAUAUGGGAGCUUUAUCACCAAGGAACAGUGUCUCAAACAGCCCUUCUAGAUCAGAUAAUUUAGAAAAGAAACAUAAACACAGAGUCAAACAUAAAAAGAAGUACAAAGCACAAAAGAAAGGUGAUGAAAACACAAGCAAAUGCAAUGAAAGCAAGAGUAUAGAUUACUUUCGAAAUAUUAAAGACCACUGUAUGAAUCAGAAGCUAUCAAUAAAUCUACGAAGACUGAGCAGUAACUCUUAUGAGAAAUGUGGAGAAAAUGAAGUUACCGAGAGUGGGUCUGAUGAAUGGGAGAGUGAAACUGUACCAGAAUUUCCUCCGACAUCUACAGAGGGGGUGGGUAGUAGAUUAUUUAGGAUUUCACCUGGGGAUAUAGUAUGGGGCAAGGUAAUUGGGUUCCCAUGGUGGCCUGGCAGAGUUCUUAGUGUCACAUCUGCAUCCAGAGCACAUGUAGCUUGGUUUGCAUCCACUACAUCAUCAUUAAUGCCAUGCGAUAGUCUGAGCCCCUUUUUAGAGGAUUAUAAGCUACAUUUCAAUAAGAAAAAACGUGGACCAUACAAAGAAGCCGUAAAACAGGCAACUUUAGAAGCGAAGAGGAAUGAAUCUCAAUUGAGUGAUCCCCUAGCAAGCCCAACACAUUUAGCGACACUAUCGCCAAGACCAAUAGAUGUGUUCUCUUAAUGUAAGCGCCCGAAUUUAUUCAAUUUCAUGUGAUAUUUGUAGAUAUAUAUUCAAUGGCUCAUUUUCAACGGUUGAAAAAUAUAAAAAUAAUUUUUUUUCAUAGCAACAAUAUUAAGUUCAUUAGGUUAUAAGGUAAUAGAAGCUCGGGGAUGUGCAUAAUAAAUAAGUCUGUAUCACAAACUUGUCAAGUAGGUUUAUAAAUUAAAAUAGUUGCUAGUCCAGGGCAAACUUCAUAAUGACUUCACAUGUAUUAACUUCAGCAGGAUUCACAUGUUGUGUUGAGUUUUGAUGGUAAAUUAGAGAUGCCCAAAUAUGGUAUUUAAAAUUAAUCAAAAAACUAACUUUUUAAAAUUAAAAUAGAAAUGAACUGUGUCGAUUUAAAAUACUGCUUUACUUUUGACAAUGUAAAAAAACAUUGUGUAACUAUCUGAUAAAACAACAAAAAAAAAUUUUUAAUUACUCAUCUAUACUAUUACAGUGUUGAAGGAGAUAUAAUUUCUUUAUGUCCUUAAUUCACAACCAUUUAAAUCUAAACUUGCUGACAUGAAACCAUGGGUUAAGUAUUCCCAGAUAGGUCUAAACUUAAUAUAGUGAAUCAGUUAGUUUUUUUUCAGGAAAACAAUUAGUGACAUUUCCAUUCUAAAGUACUAGAGUGACCCUUAGGAUGGGAGAAAACUCCCAAAAGUGAAGAUUAUAAAUCUCGAUAUGGUUAAGGAAGCAUUUCUUGUAAAAAUAUACACCAAUAUUUCAUGCAAUUGUGUAAUGGCCCUAACAAAUUGGAUUAGGUUUUGUGUUUAAAAAAGGUUAGCUUUUUAAAGUUUAUCCAUUUAAGUAUCUUCCCUUGAAGAAACCGCAUUUUUUUUAAACGCGAUUUUACGUGAUCACAUGAAAUGAAAAGUAAAUAUUCAGAAAUCAAUAUUUUCUUUGCCUUUUGCAUACUUUUUUUCCAUGAAAAUGUGUGUCUGAAUUAGCCACACAGGGUGACCAUCCAAUCUGUGCUGAUCGUUAUUCUAAUAAUAUACCUAAACAUUAUGUCACAUGGAAGUUUAAUCGAACUUCACAAUAACUUCAUAAGUUUUAAGAUAACAAUUAGUUAUAAAUGUUUGAAAAUAAAAUCAUUCCUUUAUUAAUUUUCACUCUUGAUUUUGACUCUUAUCAUAAAAUGUGAAGCAUAUUUCACAAUAACAACAAUUAUGCCUCAUUACAUUUGUUCCUGCUAGGUGCACGGUUAGGAAUACGUGGGUUUUCCAGAGGCAAUUUAUUUUAAUUAAAAUCAUGAGUGAAAUUUUUGUUAUUUAAUUUUUAAGAAUAAUUAUUAUGACACAUAGGUACCUAUAAUUUUUAUCAUUUUGUUAAUGUUUUUACAUUGCCAUUUUAUUAUUUUUAAAAAAAUCCAGUUUUAAUAUUGGUUCUUUUUUUUUAGAUUUUAGCUAAAAUUAUUAUUAAACAAGAUUUAUAAAGCUUGUGAAAUUUUUAAAAACAAGUAUUCAGAUGUGGGAUGCAUUGAAUACGUGCAUAAUGCAGACUAUAAAUUUAACCUUUAAAAUAUUACGAUUGGUAUAAACGUAGCAUAAAAAACAGGUACUCUUUUGACAAUAGUUUUUAACCGACUUUAUUAAGGUUUUCAACCUAAGCAAACCACAAAAAAUAUGUAUGUUGCGGUAUGGCUGUACAAAUAGAGUUCGAGUCUGUGAUUUGUUACGGGCCGGUUUUCGUUUUGUAAUUUUUAUAGCCUAAAAGUAUUUUCAUAUUUAAAAUUUGCAGCUAUGUAUUUAAAUUCAAUGAAAUGUAAAUUGUAGAUACGAAUACCGCCAUGUAUAAAUGUAAAUAUUAAAGAGUUUUAUUUUAUUGCACGAUGUUAGUCGUAUUUCAGUAAAGUCUGAACAAGGUAAAAGCGACAGGUUUUUUAACAGUACUAAAAGCUACAAUUCAGGUUUUGAUCUCGGUUGGUUGCGGUAUUCGUACUGUGAGCUCCGGUGACCACAUAACAGACGGACCGUGAGAUAAUUCGUAGUAGUUUAGACGCAGAGAUAAAUAAAAUCGUGAUUUUUUAUUUGUUAUAUUGCAUAAAACCGUAAAUAUUUUCUUGUAAUUUAUUUACUUCUGUCACUUUUACUUAGACAUGCUUAAACAUGAUUGCGUGUUUAGAACUUUACUGUACCAAACUAAUGUUUAGAAGUAAUAAAAUUUGCCAAAGAUUACCUGUCUUUGUAUCCACAUUACAAUAUGGUGGAAGAUAGUCAUUUGUCAUCAGGUGAUGCUAUUAAUUAGGUGCCACAUUAAAUUUCCUGAUGCAAUAGUUCAGAUCCUACUUACAAUUCAUUCUGCUUUUAACCUAAAAACAUUUUUAAUCUACGUAAUGUACCUAUGUUUUGUUUUUAUGAGCUUUAAGAGCACAAUGAAUUGCGAUAGACUAACUUAGUGUUUUUUGUGUAUGAUGCAUAAAAUUACAGGAAAUGUAUAUUUAAAGUAAACGUUAUUGGGUUC